ACGAAUAACACAAAUAUCAUAACCAAGUCGAAAUGGUACACGCCCAAACAUUUCCCAAAAUGGUAAGCCCAAAUCACAGAGCAAUCAAUCAAAUGGAAAAACGUUCCAGAAAGAAAGACCAAGUAGUCGAAGAAGAAAGACAGGAGGGAGAUCUGUUCGAGUGUGCUCGCAUCCUCCUCCCAUAUCUGCACCCUACAGAACUAGCUUCCAUCUCAUCAUCCUGCAAAACCCUAAACCACAUCUCCAAAUCCAUCACCGCCUCAAGAUCCUCCGACGCUUCCAGAGGCUUCGAGAACCUUCCCAUCCCUUUCUUCAACCCCGUCGACCACCAUCCCUACUCCUACUUCAUCUACACUCCCACUCAGACCCUAUGCCCCGACCCGAUUGACCCGUCUCGUUCUCUUCCUCGGUCUUGGGGCUCCAACCCGAUUAUCGGACCCGACCCGUUUUCCUACUGGGUCUCUGAUGCUUGUGGGUGCGCGUGCGAAAGGUGUGAUGAUGGGGACUCGGGAUGCCCGUGCUCGGACCUGAACUCGUUCGAGUUGACUCGCGAGUGCGGGCCGAGUUGCCGUUGCGGAGUGGAGUGUGGGAAUCGGUUGACUCAGAGAGGGGUCUGUGUUCGACUGAAGAUUGUGAAAGAUGGGAGGAAAGGAUGGGGAUUGCGUGCCGGUGAGAUCAUUGGGAGUGGCCAAUUUGUUUGCGAAUAUGCAGGUGAACUUUUGACAACCAAAGAAGCAAGAAGACGGCAACAAAGAUAUGAUGAGCUUUCAUUGGGCGGCCAAUUUUCUUCUGCUCUUUUGGUUGUGAAGGAGCAUCUUCCAUCUGGAAAAGCUUGUAUGCGGAUCAAUAUUGAUGCCACAGUGAUUGGAAACGUUGCACGUUUCAUUAACCAUUCUUGUGAUGGUGGGAACCUAUCGACAGUAUUGGUGAGAAGCACAGGAGCUUUGUUUCCUCGGGUAUGCUUCUUUGCUUCCAGAGAUAUUCAGGAAGGUGAAGAGCUUACUUUUAGUUAUGGGGAGAUUAGGGUUAGGUCGAAAGGCUUGCAGUGUUUCUGCGGCAGUUCUUCUUGUUUUGGAAUACUGCCUUCAGAGAGUACUUGAUUUUUGCAAGGUAGUGAAGCAUUUCUUUUAUAAUGGAGAUUGGCUUCUUAUUCUCUCCCCACUGUUUUUAAGCACUCCAUUACUGAGAUUGUACAACAAAGAUAUAAUCAGAAUGACAUGAAUUUCGCUUGGUUUUUGAA